AUGAAAUCGAGUGUGUCCAAACUUCAUAUGUCCAAACUCCCUCGGAUAGAAAGUGAACAACUGGUCACAAGUGACUCACAACUACAGUACAGUCAGUGUCAGUCACUGUCAGUCACUGUCAGUCACUGUCAGUCACUGUCAGUCACUGUCAGUCACUGUAGAGUGUAUUCAAAUGAUAUAGUGAUGUCUUUGUUAAGGAGUUCUCAUAACUAUAUGUGGAAUACGAAUUCAGUGCUGGGAAAGGGGGCCACCGGUGCUGUCUUUGCUGGUCUUCACAAAGUGAGUGGUGAGUCGGUGGCAGUGAAGGCGUUCAACCACUUGAGUCAUAUGAGACCAUAUGAGGUGCAAAAGCGCGAGUUUGAAGUGCUUAAGAAAGUGAGUCACAAGAAUAUCGUCAGACUUCUGGCCAUCGAGGAAGAGAAUGAGAGCCGCCAUAAGGUGUUGGUCAUGGAGUUGUGCACCGGAGGCAGUCUUUUCAAUAUACUCGACGAUCCCAUCAAUUAUUACGGACUCGAAGAGAGAGAAUUCCUAUUAGUUCUCAAACAUUUAGCUGCCGGAAUGAAACACUUGAGAGAUAUGAAUAUAAUUCAUAGGGACUUAAAACCGGGAAAUAUAAUGAAAUUUGUAACCGAAGACCAAACUUCUAUUUAUAAGUUAACCGAUUUCGGGGCCGCGCGAGAACUCGAAGAAGACCAACAAUUCAUGUCUUUGUACGGAACAGAGGAAUAUUUGCACCCGGAUAUGUAUGAAAGAGCAGUGCUUCGCAAAUGUGCGGGUAAAUCAUUCAAAGCCAAUGUUGACCUCUGGAGUAUAGGAGUCACUCUGUAUCACAUCGCGACCGGUGUUCUUCCCUUCAGACCUUUUGGCGGCAGGAAAAACAAAGACACCAUGUAUAAAAUAACAACCGGAAAAGCAUCGGGUAUUAUAUCAGGCGUUCAAAACACUGAGAAUGGAGACAUCGAAUGGAGUCGAACUCUUCCCAAAUCAUGUUUAAUCUCUAAUUCACUUCAGCCAUUGGUUACCCAACUAUUAGCAGGACUUUUAGAGUGUGAUGAGAACAAAAUGUGGUCAUUUGACAAAUUCUUCAAAAGCGUAACAAACAUAUUGUCUCACAAAACAAUUAAUAUAUUUUUUGUAAACAAUAUGUCGCAAAUUGUUCUCUAUUGUCAUCCCAUUGAAAACCAGCUUUUGAUUUUAGACAAACAAUUGGUUUCUGAUGAGACAUUAGUAGCAGAUAUACACACCUCUGUUGACUCUCCUAUUAUUUUAUUAAAUAAGGAAACGACUAAAAUUAGAGCAACUUUCACAUUAACUGCUAUCAAGUUUCCAGAAUUGAUAAAUACGUCGACUAAUUGUGAAACAGACGCCCAAUUGGCUAAAGUGUGCGCUUCGAUGGCUUAUUCCGUUCAAAGGAAUAUUGAAAAGUCUGUUCUUAGCCAUCGGUUAGCAAAUGACACGCCUUCUUAUGUCAUGUCCUUAAUCGAAGACAAUGUCAAACUCUUAACCCAAAAGCAACGCACAUGUGAACACAUACUUAGCUCAUUGCAGCAGAAAUUGGACCAUUUGACAGAAAUGAAUCGUUACUUAAAUCGAUUGAUUUCAAGCCUUUCCAUUGGCAUAGACUUUAUUGUCGAUGAAGAACCCCUUCGUUUAUACGACAAACUAAUCCAAGAUUGGAGCGGUCUUUCAUCAGAUAUGGCUCUAAAAGCGAGUAAUUUAAGAGAAAUCUGGAUUAAGGAAUCGCAAAACUCCAACACAAGUAUACUCAGCGCACAAUCAAAGGCUAAAUAUUAUUGUAAUAAAAUUCGCGAGAGUUGGCAGACAUUACAUAAAGACAAACAGUCUCGAGCUCUGAACUUGUCUUUCAAUGAAGAACAGUUACAUCAGUUGGAAAAAAUCAAAUUGGAUACUAACUGCAAGAAAUUGAGUGAUUUGCUAAUUAAAGAAUCCAAUCCUGCGAUUACAGCAAAAGAAAAUCAAAGAAAGAUUUGGCAAACAAUUGUCAAUAAAUUGAAUUGUGAACCCGAAAGAGAUGUAGUAUAUCCCGCCCAACAAAUGUAUCAACGAGUUAAUUUGGGAGACCAUAUACUAUCGCAAUUACCUCCAGAAGUGGCACAAGAACUUGAAAGUUUGAAAGAGUCGACUAAAAAUCUUUGGAUUGCAAUGGAAGAGCACAAGACUCUAAUGGCUGAAUUUGAAUCGCUGGCAAUCGGAACUGGAAAUUAA